AGGUUUGAUUAAAGACAUUUGCAGAUCGUUGGUAUCUUAAGUAUUUGCAAGUGUUUCGACAAACAGAGGUAAUCUGUGAAAGACUGGCUCUUUUGUAUAGGUUAUAAUCCCUUCCCAAAAGCUGUAGAGCAGAUACAAAACAUUUCCUCUGUUCCCUGUACUUUGACUGUGGAGCUUUGGCUGGCACUCCUGUGUGGAUGGACUUGUCAAGGUGGGGAGGAAGAGCUCCUUGUUAUGCAAACAUCAUCUAGAAUGGCUAAUAACGUUCACAUGAGUGGGCUGCUAAGCCGCCAUGAUGAUGAAGCUACCAGGACCUCCACCUCUGAGGGUCUGGAGGAGGGUGAGGUGGAAGGAGAGACUCUCCUGAUUGUUGAAUCUGAGGACCAGGCUUCGGUGGAUUUGUCACAUGACCAGAGCGGGGACUCUCUGAACAGCGACGAAGGUGACGUUUCCUGGAUGGAGGAGAUGUCCUAUUACUGCGAGAAGUGCCAGAAGUGGAUUCCAGCAAGUCAACUGAGAGAACAGCUCAGCUACUUGAAAGGAGACAACUUCUUCAGAUUUACUUGCUCUGAUUGCUCAGAAGAUGGGAAGGAGCAAUUUGAACGGCUGAGAUUAACGUGGCAGCAAGUUGUCAUGCUGGCCAUGUACAAUUUGUCUCUGGAAGGAACAGGCCGUCAGGGGUACUUCAGAUGGAAAGAAGAUAUUUGUGCUUUUAUUGAGAAACACUGGACGUUCUUGUUGGGGAACAGGAAAAAGACUUCAACAUGGUGGAGCACAGUCGCUGGCUGUCUCUCUGUGGGGAGCCCCUUGUUCUUCCGUUCGGGGGCCCAGGAAUUUGGAGAACCAGGGUGGUGGAAACUGGUUCAUAAUAAACCCCCAACAAUGAAACCUGAAGGAGAGAAACUGUCUGCUUCUGCACUAAAAGCAAAAGCAGCUUCCAAGCCGCCUCUGGACCCCAUCAUUACUGUGGAAGGCCUGAGGAAGCGGGUGAGCCGCAACCCGGUGGAGUCGGCCAUGGAGCUGAAGGAGAAGAGAUCUCGCACGCAGGAAGCCAAGGACAUACGGAGGGCUCAGAAGGAGGCAGCUGGCUUCCUGGACAGAAGUACAUCCUCCACUCCAGUGAAAUUCACCAGCCGGGGCCGCCGUCCCGAUAUCGUCCUGGAGAAAGGAGAAGUGAUUGACUUCUCUUCCCUGAGCUCCUCGGAUCGCACUCCUCUGACGAGCCCUUCUCCAUCCCCGUCUCUGGACUUCUCUGCUCCUGGCACUCCAGCCUCGCAUUCAGCUACCCCCAGCCUUCUCUCAGAAGCAGAUCUCAUCCCAGAUGUCAUGCCACCACAGGCUUUGUUUCAUGAUGAUGAGGAAAUGGAAGGAGAUGGAGUCAUAGACCCAGGAAUAGAGUAUGUACCCCCUCCCAGUGGGACAGCCGGUGCUGGCACUGUGACAGCAAGCAGGAAAAAAGUGAAGACAGCUGAGCAGAUCAAGCAAGAGGUGGAGAGUGAAGAAGAAAAACCAGAAAGGAUGGAAGGUGACAGUGAAGAUCCUGAAGAGUCAAACGCAUCGCUGCAAGUGAGGGGGCGAGACAAGAGGAAGCCGCAGCUGGAGAAGGAUGCUAAACCCAGAGCUCCCAAGCACACCUCUGUCAGCAUCUAUGAGGAAAAACUGCUGCUGAAGAGACUGGAAGCCUGUCCCAAUGCCAUGAGCAUGACCCCAGAGGCUCGGAGACUGAGGCGCAAGCUGAUAGUCAGGCAAGCCAAGAGGGAAAGAGGACUGCCGCUCUUUGACUUGGACCAAGUAGUGAACGCUGCUCUGCUUUUGGUUGAUGGGAUUUAUGGAGCCAAAGAAGGUGUUACCAGGUCCCCAGUGGGACAAGCAACAUACAGAACUACUAGCCAGGAUUUCAGGAUCUUGGACAGAUACCAAACGGUGCUGCCUGCCAUGAAGGGAUAUCGACAGCAGACAACAAAGUUUCUCUAUCGACUGGUAGGCUCAGAAGACCUGCUGACAGACCACAGUAUUGUCAGUCCUUACACAUCCCGUGUCCUGAAACCUUACAUCAGGCGUGAUUAUGAGACAAAGCCCCCAAAACUCAGGCUGCUGGCAGAAAUCCGAGCCUAUCCACACAGGAAUGAUCUCAACUGGAAGGCUGAGUCAGAAGCACCGGUCGAUUACUGCUAUGUUCGCCCUAAUCACAUCCCCACCAUAAACUCCAUGUGCCAUGAAUUCUUCUGGCCUGGAAUUGACUUGUCAGAAUGCCUGCAGUAUCCAGACUUCAGCGUUGUCGUCCUCUACAAGAAAGUUAUCAUUGCCUUUGGCUUUAUGGUGCCAGAUGUGAAAUACAACGAAGCUUACAUCUCUUUUUUGUUAGUUCACCCUGAGUGGAGAAGAGCUGGGAUUGCUACCUUCAUGAUUUACCAUCUCAUCCAGACCUGUAUGGGCAAAGAUGUAACCCUUCACGUCUCUGCAAGCAACCCUGCCAUGCUGCUCUACCAAAAGUUUGGGUUUAAGACCGAAGAAUACAUAUUGGAUUUUUAUGACAAGUACUAUCCCUUGGACAGCAAGGAAUGCAAACACGCAUUCUUUCUCAGGCUGCGGCGCUGACCCAUCUGAGCUCUCUGGGAGGGCUCUGAAAAGCCCAACGUGCGAAGAACCACCACAGCUUUCAGCAGAGGAGACUGGCUACCAUGUGAGAGCUGGAACUGCCUUUUACCCCCAGGACUUGGAAUAUCAACGGUAGUAUGUUAUGUGCUGAAAGCGCAAUCCCAAGAGGAUUGAUGAAACCACUGUAAGACUGAAAUUCUUUCUGGGGAGUUUUCCUGCCACAGUUACUUUGGAAAGCAUCAUUGACAGACAACCAACCAACCAACCCCAAACUUGUUACUUCAGAGGGGCCCCAUGGAUUUGAAAUUUUGAAACCUGUCCAAAAAGUCACAGGUGGUUUGUUUUUCUAGUUUCUUUUUUGUUUAUGAGAAAUGAACACCUAAACUUAAAUAAUCCACAGUGUUUCUGUGGUUUGAUGGUUUUGUUAGGAACCACAUCUUGAAUCUGUGAUGGGAAAUAAGGUAUCAGUGCAUCUAGCUGGAUGCUGACAUUAGGACAGCUCUACACAUGCCAGGACAGCAAUACUGGAACUACAUUUUAGGAAUAGUGAAGAGCAUGUGAACUCGUGUGAUCCCAAAUGCAAGGCUCAGAGGAGAUGUCUUUCUUCCACUCCUUCCCUGCUGCCUUCCUUUUCCCUCGUUGUUGACCCGGUGCUCAAUGUGAAGUUCUCGUAGUGCGCAGUGUUUUGUGUUCAGGAACAAGAUGUCAAGUGGGUUGGUAGCUAGGUGAGGUAGGACACAACAGCUGCCAAAUCAGCUCUUUGAAAUCCCAACAGCCUGUCUGCCAGUUGUUGAUGCUGCAGAUCAGCCCUUUGGGCACGCCUCUAACAACAGAGCCAGCCUUGCAGGCUCCGGCAUUCACCUCCUGCUCCAGAUGCUCUGGCUAGAAGAAACCCAGAACAAAAGUGGGUGGUGACGUUUGAAAUGGCAGGCUCUGGUUUAUAGAAGCAAUCUCUUUGGGGAUUGGAGGAGAGGAGAAGAUAGAGGUGGGCCACUUUCAGUUCUUGGAAACAUCUAGACUAUGAUUACAUGACUUUUAAGUAUAAGAGAAGAGCAAAGAAUAAAAAGAAAUAACAAAGAAUUAAAACAAUAUGAACCCCAAACAGUUUAUCUGGUAGUGGAGUCUAGUCCUCUGACACAGUUUAGCAGCUUUCCUCUCCCUGACUUUUUAUUGCAGAUGAACGGUAAGUUGGCAGUUUGCUGUGCUGCCUGACCGAAGGUCAGCCUGUGCAUUUUCAAUAUGAAUCACGUGCACUGUGCUGUUCCUUUUCACAUCCAGCCCCACAGAGAGCUACACACCGAAUGUGACUUCUUUGUCCUUAACCAUUAAACAGGUGUGUGUACCUGUUGGGUACCUGGCUGUUGCAGUGGAGUCACCUUAAUGGAGUUCUCAGCAAGAUGGACACAAGGUGUGAUUUUUGUGUAGCCAAUGCAUAUCACCACCCAAACAAAACCAGUGUUAGUGGGAGGGAGAAGAGAACCUAUCCAAGUGUUGUGUGGCCUGACAUCCGUGCACAUGUCUGCCUGCUUUAUGACUACGUGAGAAUUUUCAAUGUUACUGAUGUUAUAAGUUAGCUGUACUUGGAAGGGAAAAAACCCCACGUUGUCUUUAUGAAUGGAAUUAAAGCCCUUCCCUUGGAAAAGCCUGCCUGUAGUCACAUUGUU